GGUUUGCUGUGUUCCCGGGGGUCUUCGCCCCCGUCUGUGGAUGUCCCAGCUGCGGGUCCCACGCUGGCAGGAAAGCUCUCCCGAGCGGCCCCACCCUGGACACCCGGACACGCGAGGCCUCCCAGCGGGCGGCCUUGCAACGAGUCUGCGCCUGCGCCGGGAUCUCCGAGCCGGGGGCGGGGCCCUGAGGAAAGGGGCGUGUCUCUCGCCGGCGCGCUGGGGGCGGAGCCGUGGGGCCCGUGUGGUCCUGUGACCUGCGGGUUGACCUUCCCGAACGCUGGGUCCCGUGACGUCACCUCGCCGUGACGCGCACGCUGUAGGAAAACUAAUGGAAGACUUAGUUGCAUUCAUCUUAUUUGCAUUCUGUUUUGCAAUGGGUACUAUGGUGGUGGUGGAGAGAAAAGGUCACUGGACUGGGAUGGAGCCAAAUCGAUAUCUGUUGAAGAGAUUGUGCAUCACCCAGAGAUCAUAGACUUUGAGCUGAAUUCAAUCUGAUGGACAUUGUUGUCUGCCUGGCCAAGACUUCCUCUAGAUUUUGCUAUUCUGCCCAAUUUUCUCUGCAGGCUGAGUUCAGUCUUCAGAAAAUUUACAUAAAAGCCUAGUAUGUAAGACAGGUGAAAGGGAAUUUUAAGUCAGGAGUGCAGUGCUUUGCUCACUUCUAGCUAUUCUCUGACCCCACAAAGCAACCCAAGACACCUCCAGAGAACCCCUAGCCUCCUAGUUCAUAGUGUGGAGAAGCCCUGCAUUGAACUCUGAUGCUGCCUUCUUGCAGCAGGCCAUCUCUAGGAUCACCUCAGAUCAUGCUCUCCCAGCUCAGCCUGUGCCUUCUUAAUCCUUAGGCACCUAGCUAGCCAAACGUAGUAUGUACAUCCUCCUGUCACAAAGGAGAGGGCUGAUGGCACUCAGAACCAUGAGGAUUAAUUAAAAGAAUUUACCACAUAUCUUAUGACUUUUUACUGGAGCCUUGAGAGAUAGCCCAGACUGGGGAUUCCUGUUGGCCCUGGGUUGGUGGGAGCAACCUCUUGUUGAAAUAGGUGAAAUCACAUGGUGUUUGUCUUAGCGUAAUACCCUCUAUGUCCAUCCAUGUUGUUGCAAAUGGUGAUCAGCCAUGCCUUCUGGAACAAUACAGAGCGGAAAAGGAUUGCAGACCAAGAGUCAGUUUAGGACCAUUGCACCGAAAAUUGUGUCCAAAGUCCUAACUUCCAGAGUGCUGUCGGGCCCUUCGCCAUCGCUCUCUGAUCAGGUGAAUCCAGGCCCCCCCAUCAGCUCUACACCACUGGGGGUGCCUGCCCAAAAUUAUGCUCUGAUGCAGGUUGCUGGCCAGAAGGGGACAUAUUCUCUAGUGGCAUUGCCUCAGGUUGCCUCAAUUCAGCCAGUCCAGAAACCCAGACUGCCCCUGCCUGAAAACCUUAAACUGCCUAUUCCUCGAUACCAACCCCCAAGAAAUAACAAAGGAUCAACAAAGAACCCCAUUCUGAGCUUCUCUGAAAGUGGCUGUAGCAAACCUCCUGCCCAAACCCAAACAUCUCCUUCCCCACCUGGCUGUUCUGAGCCCCUGCCCCAGCCCAGUCCGUCUGAGCCAGUGCUGCCACCAGACCAGGCCCCAGCCAGCGUCAGCCCGGCUGCUCUGACCAGCGGAGGUGGCCCCGGAGACUCUCGACCUCCAGUGACCAGUGACUGUGGAGACCCGAACCUUCCUGAUACCCCAACAUCAUCCGCACCAGAGGAGCCCUCUGCCAGGCAGGGCUUCAUGAAGAUUUCAGGGAAAGAAAACUUUGCAAGCAAAGAAACAUCCAGUAAACCUGCUGCUGUUGCCACUGAAAAACAUAAAGAACAAGCUGACCUUGCAGAAGGCAGAGUCAAGUUAUCACCAACCAUUUGGGGCGGUUCACUCCAGUGGGUUCCCUCAGUCCCCAAAGGUAAACUGCCAGUCUUACCCCCCGUAAGUAUGAAAACAACACAGGUUUAUAAAAGUGAGUCAGAUGCUAACAUUGUAGGCUUUUCUUUGCCCGGGCUCAGGGCACACUGGGAUAAGACACCCACCAUCACCGAAGGCUUUGCUGCAGCCACCAGGAUGGCCGAUAAGGUACCUGGUCCACAGGUGUCAAAGCAGAGUCUCUGUAAAAGUGCCUUUUGUCCAGCUACCAAACUGGAUCUCAACCACAGAACCAAACUGAACGGCGGGGCAACAAAGAGAAAAGGAAGAAAACUAAAGGUGCCAGAUGAAAUCUUGUCAUUUCAGGGGAAAAGGAGGAAAUGUAAAAGAAUAAAAAAUGAUUCCCAGCAAUCCAGGGACCAAAAACCUGGGACUUUGAAAAAAUAUCGUAGCAUUAUGCCUAAACCUGUCAUUGUCCUGCCCGCUGUGACUCCCUUGGCUUCUCCUGUGGCUGUAUUACCUUCCCAAAGGCCCAGCAGCCUAGGACAGGACCGUUUGUUAAAUAAUUCGCUCACUCCUAAAUGUCUCGGCUGUAAGCAGGACGACAGCCCUUCCCCUAAGCCCAGCUCUGCAUUCAGAAAUGGAUUCUCUGGCAUUAAGCAGCCUUGGCACAGAUGUCCUGUCUGUAACCACCACUUCCAGUUCAAACAGCACCUUCGAGACCACAUGAAUACCCACACUAACAGACGGCCUUACAGUUGUCGAAUUUGUCGCAAGGCAUAUGUGCGUCCUGGCAGCCUGAGCGCACACAUGAAACUUCAUCAUGGUGAGAACCGGCUAAAGAAACUCGUGUGCUGUGAAUUUUGUGCAAAAGUGUUUGGUCAUGUCAGAAUCUAUUUCGGCCAUCUGAGAGAAGUGCACAGGGUUGUCAUCAGCACUGAGCCCUCCCCCAGCGAACUGCAGCCAGGGGACGUGCCAAAGAACAGGGACAGGGACGCAAAUGUGCAGAGAGAAAACAAAUCAAGCCUGGACGAAGACCUUCUUCUAAACCAGGCAGACGAAGUCAAAUUACAAAUCAAAUGUGGCCGCUGUCAGAUCACUGCCCAGUCCUUUGCUGAAAUAAAGUUUCAUUUACUUUAUGUUCAUGGAGAGGAAAUUCAGGGCAGGCUGCAAGAGGAGAGCUCCCCAGGAAGCCAAGCAGCUGGCAAAGAACUGGCUCGCCAUGCUGCUCCGUCCUGGAAACAGCAUCCCGAGAGAAGAAAGCUGCUGCAGCACUGUCCCUCUGACGAGGAGGUGCAUGCAGUACCUGCAAUGACACGGCAACCCUACCUGCAUCAGCAGAAUGACAAGGAAAUGCUCACAAAACAUGAAGGAGCCCAGCUGAGACCCAGCAAGCCAGGAGAAGUCCCCCAGGGCCCUGCGUGUCCCAGCCCACACUCGGAUCUCCUUCAGUCCCCUUUCGGCUUUAACUGCAUCCUUUGUGCACAGACGCUUGGAAGGAAGGAAGAACUCCUCCUACACUGGGAACAAGGGCACAAUUGUGAGGACCCUCCAAGGCUCUGGAGGAUUCUACAUGCGCUCUCUAACCAGGGAGCGACCGAACUUCCCAGCAAAACUGAAACAUGAAAGACGGAGGCCAGAGAGGUUAAACAGAGUUUGUGUCACCUUUCUCUCGAAGUUCUAAUUACUAGUAAUUAGAAAAAUCAAACAAGUUAGGACUAGCAUUAAUACUAAGUGGGAGUGAUUUUGUACAUAAUUUUAUUUUCUUAUGAAAUAUAUGCCCUUGAUGCAUAUAUUCUAACCAUAUUCAGUUUUAUUUUUAAAUUCUAUGCACUAAAUGUUAAUGUCUUAGACUUUAUUUCAGAAUAAAUAAAAAGAUCAAAAUUUGGAGAUUGAAAUUUAAAGGAUUUUAGGCUGUUCUUCAAAUACAGUUUUCAGUAAAAACGUG